GUCCAGUACUCCAAUUUAUUACCCAUUCACAUCACUAUAUAUCAAGUAAAUUUUGUUACGAAAAUCCAUGGGAAUCAGAUUUAAAACCAUUAAUCAGAUUGCGAAGUCAUUACUUCUAUCAUCACCAACAUAAAUAUAUUAAAAAAAUACAGCAUAUGGUUAAGGGUUAUUGUGAGAUAUACUCUAAUCAAAAGUCGCACAACAAACUUUGCAAUGAAAGAAUCGAAUAUUUCUAUUUUCUAUAUAAUAAACAUAAGUAAUGUUAAAUUAUUUCGCAUUUUAAGCAAAAGCAUAUGACAAAAGUUAGGUCCUAACUAAAAUAAUUGCACAGAAAUUAUUCACACUAAUUAAAAAUAAUCAAAUCCAACGAACGCGCAGCAAAUCACAUGCAGUCUCGUCACAACUCAAACUAGUAUAUAUACACUCAUCUCUUCUGACUCCAAAUCCAGACCAAUACAUAUCUCAUUCCUCAUACAACAAACCACACACACACAGACACACACACAAAACGUUCGACUUAACAACCCCAAAACAUACUUGCUUCCAUUCAAACUCACUCCACACAACAACAAAACAAAAUGGAGAAUAUGUUUAGGCUCAUGGCAAGUGAAGAAUAUUUAUCAGACCGGCGGUGUCUUUGGGUCAACGGUCCGGUCAUCGUCGGAGCCGGUCCAUCCGGUUUAGCAACAGCAGCAUGUCUUCGUGAUCAAGGAGUCCCAUUCGUCGUGGUCGAGAGAUCAGAUUGCAUAGCUUCACUUUGGCAAAAACGAACCUACGAUAGGCUCAAGCUUCACUUGCCCAAGAAGUUCUGCCAAUUACCAAAAAUGCCCUUCCCGGAUCACUACCCUGAAUACCCAACGAAACGACAGUUCAUCGAUUACCUUGAGUCAUACGCAAACCGGUUCGAGAUUAAACCGGAGUUCAAUAAAAGCGUCGAGUCUGCUCGGUUUGACGAAACCAGCGGGCUUUGGCGUGUUAAGACAACCUCCGCGGGAGAGGAGAUGGAGUAUAUUUGCCGGUGGUUGGUGGUGGCGACGGGAGAAAACGCCGAACGUGUUGUCCCCGAGAUUAAUGGUCUCAAGACGGAGUUUGACGGAGAAGUGAUUCAUGCAUGUGAGUAUAAGUCCGGCGAGAAAUUUAGAGGGAAGAGAGUUCUUGUCGUCGGAUGUGGGAACUCCGGCAUGGAAGUCUCUCUUGAUCUUGCUAACCACAAUGCUAUUACUUCCAUGGUCGUCCGAAGCUCGGUUCAUGUGUUACCGAGGGAGGUUAUGGGGAAAUCAACAUUUGGAAUCUCAGUGAUGAUGAUGAAGUGGCUACCUCUAUGGCUUGUAGACAAGCUUCUGCUCAUCUUAUCGUGGCUGGUUCUAGGUAGCUUAUCAAAGUAUGGGCUCAAGAGGCCCGAUAUAGGCCCAAUGGAGCUCAAAAGCAUGACAGGGAAGACGCCGGUUCUCGACAUCGGUGCUCUGGAGAAGAUCAAAUCCGGCGACGUAGAAAUCGUACCUGCGAUCAAACGGUUCUCGCGUCACAACGUGGAGCUCGUAGAUGGUCAGAGGUUAGAUAUCGACGCAGUGGUUCUCGCCACCGGUUAUCGCAGCAACGUCCCUUCUUGGCUUCAAGAAAGUGAGUUCUUUUCGAAGAACGGGUUUCCGAAAUCGCCGUUUCCAAACGCGUGGAAAGGCAAAUCGGGAUUGUACGCGGCCGGAUUCACGAGGAAAGGAUUGGCAGGAGCAUCAGCUGACGCCGUUAACAUCGCUCAAGACAUUGGAAAUGUGUGGAGAGAAGAGACCAAACGACAGAAGAUGAGAAGAAAUGUGGGUCACCGAAGAUGCAUCUCAGUUGCUUAAGCCUCAAGUUAGGGAUGCAUUAACCAAAAAAGGAAAUAUAUCAUACUUUAUUUAAUUUGUAAAAAACAUAAAUACAAAGAGUGAAGAAAAGGCCCUCUCCUGAAGUCCCUGGCAGUGUUUUUUUUUAUUACACAUCUGUAUGGGCGUUUUGUAAAAUUAGGAUGACGUGGCUCUCUUUUUUUUCCUUUUUUUUCGUUUUCUUUUCCUGAAUACUAAAUAUGUUUAC